AUGACGGGCAAGAGUGACGAUGAAAUCUCCCUCACUUCUCCCACCCCCAGUGAACAACUCUCAGAAUAUGAAGUGGAGUCCAUCUUGGGUGAAUUGGAGGCUCCGGAUGGUCAUCCCCAAUAUCUUGUAAAAUGGAGAGGCUAUCCCAUAGAACGCUGUUCCUGGGAGCCGGCCGACUCGUUCAACACGCCCGAGACCCUGGCGGAUUGGGCGAGGACGAAGCGUGCCAUCGAGGAAGGAAGGCGUCAACCCUUUGAUAUCAUCAGAUGGGAAAACCACGUAUUCGCUCUUGAGGAAGCCAGCCAGGAGAGAAAACGAAAGAGGGCAGCCAAGAGACAAAGCCUGGGCCUUCCUCGUCAACCCAUUGGAAUCGUCAGCAACGAGCGUAGAACGUCCGAUGUACCGUUGACGGGGUCUCACUCCGAUGCUGCCAGUCAGCGUGUCACCAAAGCGACAUCAUCCCAUGAUGCUCAAGCGGCCCUUUCCUCACAGCCAAAGCCGUCAAAGCCAGCUCUGCCACCAAUUCUGUUUGGAAAUGCCAGUGAAAAACGCCCUCAAACGGCCAGGAAGGCGUUCAACACCGACCCAAACAAUCGAUUUAGUCUGUCGACCAGGUGGAGGUAUGAAAAAGCGAAGAGAGACGAACCUCCUCCGAAUAUCGAUCAGCUGGACCUCGUACCGCCGUCGAAGUGGACUCCCAUGUCGAAUCCCAAUGCAGCAAAACUUGGCCCUUACAAGGCCCGGACAACCGUUGAAAGCGAGUCUCUAACGGAGGCCCGUCGUCAUCCGGAAAACGACACAACCGAAUCGCCUGCAGGACCGUCACCGUCCGAUUCUCGACGUGACACUCGACGAGGCGACGAGGUAUCCUAUCGGCCUCCGAUAGACGCUGAUCGCUCAAACCGCUUUCGUGAUUCGAGGCUUGAUACUCGAAGAGGCGACGAGAUAUCUAAUUGGACUUCGACGGACGCUGAUCGCCCAGACCGCUUUCGUGAUUCGAGGUUCGACACUCGAAGAAACGACGUGUCCGAUCGGGCUCCGAUGAACGCUGAUCGUCCAAGCCGCUUUCGUGAUCCGGAGUUUGAUACUCGAAGAGACGACGAGAUAUCUAAUUGGACUCCGACUGACGCUGAUCGCCCAGACCGCUUUCGUAAUUCGAGGUCUGACAGACCGUGGGAACCAUCGCGGGAACCCCGUGGCAAAUAUGUUAUUUCGCCAAACGGAGUGAAGCGGUUUCUGGACCCAGGCGACCUUCUCAUCACUAUGCAUUAUGGCCCACUAAAGGCCCCAAUUGGAAAUGUCAGAUUGGCUGGUCUCAGUCCUUACAGUCGAAAGAAUAUUAUGACUUGCAAGAGAGAUGGCGAAGUGGACUUGUGGUUUCAGUACCUCUGCUCGCUUGAUGAGUAUGACUGGUUAUGCUUGAAUUCUGCCAACCAAAAGUAUUGCACUGGGUCAGUCCAUGCAUAUGAAGAUACAGAAUCGAAUCUCGUGAAGUUUGCAGAUUUCCUACAACAUAGAAACAUGGUGGGAAUAUUUGCAUCUGACAGGUAUCCGUUCAACGUGGUUCUUGUCUAUCCACCUAGCUCAACAGGCUUUGGAUUCCUCAGUGAUGGCAUGCAGAAUGAUCCACAGUCACCUCUUCACUUUGUCGUACGGAGCACAUUGGGUCGUAUUCAGAAAAAGAUUCCCUCAUUGCGCGAGCAUCAGCAGUCUUUGCAAAGUCCGGUAGACGAAUCUAUCUCUCAUGAAAGAAUGUCACGGAUCACGAACACACUUAUACCUCACAGAAUGUCUUGGCACAACCCUUCUUCCCAAGCAGACCUUCACAGAAACAGUGACUCGACGGCUCCCUUGCAGACAAAUCUUACUCAGCGCGUCACGUCAAAAAGAUCACAGGAAAACACUAUACUGGCGGCCAACACCAAGAGCCCAGCAGCACUUCACCCGCCCCAAGAUACAAAUACACCUAGCAACAAACCCGGAUCAUUUUUCUCGCCCCAAGAUACAAAUCCACCCCGCGACGACCCGGUAGCUAUGUCAGAACCCAUGGAACUCGAUUCUAAUACUCCUGGAUCUCCUCCCUCUGCCGAACCUGUUCAAUCCUCUCUUCCUCCUCCCGCUUCUCCUCCCGCUGUCUUACCCAUCCGACCCACUCCACCUGUCGCACGUGCCCCGGAGCCUGAAGCAGCAGUCCUUCAGACUACCGAGCGUCCUUUACCGCCUGUUGAAGGGUUUGACUUGAGCGAACUCUUCAUGACACAAUUCGGGAUCACUUUUAAAUCUCUGGCGGCUGUCAAUAUGGCGAGCGGUAGCCAGAGCUUCUAUCUUAUGUUCCCAGAGGGGAACGAAACCACCCAACAAGAAUACCAGAUUCUCAAGGCGUUUCUCGACAAGAACAAUGCAGUGGUGUUCUCCAAUCACCUACCGGAAGACUGGAAGAAGUUUGCCGUGUCCAAGGCCGGCGUCAUUGUGUUCCAUGAGAGUUUCGUCGACUAUUAUACACUGCCAUCCUUCAGAGAGAUCCUCUCAGGCAAAUUUACACUCUGGAACUUGUCACUCGCGACUCCUCUCCAGUACGUGCGACACAAAACACAUAUCCAGCGGAUCUUCCCUCAUGGGGGUGUGAUCCUCAUGACGGAAGAUUUUAUGCUUCGCCAGCCGCGCGCGUCUUUGAUCAUCCUUGCCUGGUUUAACGAUUUUGCCAACAAGAAGUUCCCAGGGAGCUGGAAGAUGAUGCUGCGCCCGGACAUCAUAAACUGGCUGUCUGAGCUACCAGAGCCCCGGGAGCCCUCAGAGCAAGGAAUGUGGAUAGCUAUGUGUCACUACAUCCUCCAACUCAGCUACACCUCCAGCCAACGGGAGCUCGACGCCGAAAUCCUCGCCGGCGACAGCGACGAAUACCACGAAAGCAAAGUCAUCUCGCCCCCCUUCCUCCCAAACUACGGCUCCCGCAGCGAAGACGACAGCCCAGACAUCCCGAAGGGCCUGUCCCAGGAGCACCGCAACACGGACCACCUGGCUGAAUUCUUCGCCGGCUGGGCCCUCGUCAACUCGCACGUCUUCCGCCACUUCCACAUAGUCACAUAUCUGCGCCCUCCCGAGCGCUGGAGCGCCUGGCAGCACGUAGACGUCAAACACGGCUCCAAGGCCUUCAUGACCGCCUUUAGUAUCGACUAUCAGAGAUACGACUGGAUCAUCAAGGGAAAGAGCGGACCACCGCCUUCGUCAUCGACUGACUCUCGCUCCACGCAGCGCACGCCCACGACGCCGCAGACUCCCAGACCUGGUGGCAGCCAUAGUUGGAGAUCGCGCGAGGGAGGUGAUCAGGGAGGGGAUCGGGAUCGGGAUAGGCGACAUCCGCAGAAUCCCUCGCGGCCUCAGUAUCCGCAGGCAUACAGGUGA